AUGAACACACAAAGACAUCAAUUUGCAUCAUCUAAUGAUCAUCAUUAAAAGAACUCAAGAAGUCACACUAAAGAAACUUGCUGCUGCUGUGUAUCAAUAAUGCAUGCUCCUCUGGCAGUGGGCAUUAUAGAUUUGCUCAUUUUAGUAUCAAAGAUCAUAAAUGUUGUCGAAUUCUAAAAAGGUGGCUAAAAAGGCCCUUUAAUUGGAGAGAUCUUAGCUCUUGUCUUAGUUUGCAUUCCAAGAGUAGCUGCUUUCGUUUUAUAUAGAACAAGGCGUAAAGAUGUUAAAGCAGUCAGCAUUCAACUCUAGACAAGAUUCAUUACAUUCUUUUUACUUCUGAUUGAAGUGAUAGUUGUCUCUUUUUUGAUUGUUUAGAUCGAUGAGACUGGCAUGAAUGAGGAUGUAUAUAUUGCCACUAAAGCUGCAUCUUCAAUUUUACAAGUGCUUUACCUUAUUCCUAAUGGCAUUGGCCUGAUCUUAGAUCUUUAUUACACUAAUUCGAUCAGAAGGUACAGACUUCAGAUCCAAAGCACUGAUCUUAAAAAGCCUUUUAAUCACGUUUGA